AUGCUGGAAGAAAGGACCGGCUACGGGGAGACAGAACCAGACAUGGAGCUGGAGCUGAGUCUGCAGCCAGAGGAGGUGGAGGUGGAGGAAGGGCACUUUGUGGCGGAGGUUGCCCGACCGGAGGGGGGCCACCACUGGGAGGAGGCGGACCAGUACUACAAUGCCGAGGGCUCCACGCCGCUUAUCAGCGCCUGCCAGAGGGGACUGGGCAGGAUCGCACACUCCCUCCUUGAGCGCGGGGCUGACAUCACGCUGUGUAACCGGGGCAACCAGACAGCCAUGCAUGUGAGCCAUGCGGCCCUGCAGGAGGAGCUGUUGCUGGCCAUGUUCAGGCCCCUGCCUCCUCGCACCCAGCUCCUGCAGACCGCCUGGCAAGGGAACCUCCACCUGCUGCACAACAUGCUGGCUCACCGAGACUACAUGGAUGUGGACAUUAGAAACAGGGAUGGGCUGACGCCUCUGAUGCUGGCUGUGAGAGAUGUGGACCUGUUUGAGGGCCUGGGGAGACGCCUGCCCUGGGAGUACGACCCACUGGGAGUGGUCAGGGAACUGGUGGCACGCUCACAUAAUCUGGAAGUGUGUGACCACAAGGGCUACUCUGCCCUUCAGUAUGCCAGAGGAAUCAAGAGCUCCUUGAGAGAUGAACUGGUGCAAAUCAUUAUGGAUGCACUCCACCAUCAAGAUAAGCAGGUCCCAAAGACGGCCCUGAGUAUAGUGGGUACACUGAGGGAGGGGGAGAUGAGGAACCCAGUGGGCACACCGAGGGAGGGGGAGAUGAGGAACUCUGACAAGUUUGAAAGGAAGGACAGCAGAACAAGGCUGCUUCCUAAACUGGUGGACCACUGCAGACUGGACCCCAUGAGUGCCUCCAGUGAUGCUGGAGCGCUGGGUCCACCGGAGCCCAAAGACGUGCGUGCUUCUGGCUGGGCAGACGUGAGCAUGAGGCCUGUCCCUCCUGGAGCCCCAGCGGCUGGUCAGUCAUCUCUCCUCAGCCGCUCUGCCCCCACUAUCAUGGAGCCGUUCCUGAAUGCAAGCGCCCUACUGCAAGUGCGGACCAAUAUCCACAAUCGUUUGGCAAAUACCAAGGAGACAGGUGAAGGGGGGCACAAGGAUUCAUCAGAUGCAGGAAAAAUCAGAACACCAAGGACACUGGCGCCACUGAAGAGAGCAUGCAGUAAUGGACUUAUACUGUCUUGCCUUAGGGCACCUUGCCCCCUUAAACCCAUCAGCCCAUUUCCUCAUGCGCAAAUACACUCCACAAAAGAGGCAAAAAAGAGGACAAGUGAACGUGUGGCAAUGGGGGACCAGCACGAUAGACGUCACAGUGAGGACAACCAGCCCAGGGAAAGGCUACAGGGUGCAGAUGGUGUCACUGCCCAUGACAGCAGUGAUGAAGAGGAUCUGAUUGACUUUCAUUGUGAAAUCCGGAGCAGCAGAACAUCUCUCUUCAAUUUUGGGGGCUCGUCUGUGUUUGAAUGUGCAGCAAGCCCAGAAUGUGGGAUAGGCAGGGUACACGAGAGACCUGCUGCUGGUGUAGCCACCCAGGAAGGUGUUUGUGGUGGGCCACUGUUUGAUGACUGGAAGGAAAACUGUGACUUUCGUCAUGCAGCUGUUAACACAAAAGCGUCAAAGGGUGCUGAAAACCCUCAGACUGACAAUGCAGAUGUUCACCAGAAGGUUGCCCGUUCUGGAGAUCCCAUACCUGAUGCAUACAGGGCUGAGCCAUUCCAUCCAAAGCCACAGGCUACAAAUAUCGGCACAGACAAGAGAGAGGAUGAAAUCAAAGUGGACAAGUCCCAUCAUUUGGUACAAGUUGAAGAUGUUCUACAUUCAAUGGUGGAUGUUGCUGUGUCAAAGGAGGAGUACGCACUUGAAGCUGCCCAGGUGCCAAAAGUUAAGAAAGAAAGAAAAGGCAGCAGUGCCUUCCAAACGAACAAUUCUUUUAAUGUACUGGCCUGUGUAAACCGAAAUAGAAAGGGCUCUGCUGCACCGUUUCAUGUGAAGAGUCCAGAUGGAAAGCGUGUGGCAGAGACAGUUAAGCAAAGGAAAGGCUCUGUCGACAAGAAGCGCCUCAGUCACGCAAGAUCACAAAGUCAAAAGCAGCUCAACCAAAAGGAGCAGGUUAGACCAAAACCACCUCCCAAAACAGAGACUAUAUUAGGGACGCAUAAGGCCAAACCAUCUGUGGACUGUGUGACAUAUAAUGACAUGUUUCAGGAGAUUGUGAAGGCAGAUGAUGGUCCAGCCAUCUUUGAGAUGUUUGCAACCCCUCUGUAUGACAACCUAAGACUAGCACAACCUUCGGCCAGAGAAAGGCAGGUGCAGUCCGCCCCACCCAACAAGCCCCAGAUCCAACCCUUCAAGAACAACAGGUGCCCCAAGAAACUGGAAAGGAAGAAGAAGAAGCAGACCGAUAAGGCUAAGCAGAAAAGAAACAGAGAUAACAAUGCAGCGACAGAAAAACUUUGCCAUGCUGCUGCUUCAUCCCUGCAGAAAGAUAGCUCUGAAUCGUCACCCGAUCCAAGCCAUAUCAGUGGUACUAUGAAGCAUGAAAUGGUUUCAUGUGCUGAUGCCAAUCAAGAAAUGGACAAUGCCCAUGAUGAAGAACAGACUCUUAAAGCACACGUGCUGUCAAUAAUCGAAGAGGCUCUGUCCCACUCAAGUCUAUUGUCGCACAAGCUCAGCAAUCAGCUGCAUGAAAAUCUGAACAAUGCAUCAUCUGAUGAGAAAAAUAAAUCAUCCUCUGAACUGUUAGGAGGUUGUCAGGAUGUCCGUGAAGAAUAUAAGGAGAGAGUUGACCGAGGUGACGAGCGCUGGCAAGGUCACGCAGAGUUCACCACAAGUUCACCACCAGACAUGUGUCCUGCACAACCAAAAGUCAACACUUGGACCUUGAGCAGCAAAGAGCAAACAGGCCAGCUGCCCCUGUUGGAGACGUCUGGGGACGAGGAGGGAGGAACGAGGGAGCCCCUCACAGACGAGUUGAUGCAGUGCCUGGUAGACGAGUUGAUAUCGCUGGAGGAAAAAGAAACAACAGAGUCAGAAGAUUCACAGAACACCAGGGCCAACAACUGUCACAGGCGAGAAACUCCACGGACGACAUCACACCAGACUUCUCACAAGGGCAGUGCGGUGGUCAGCAUGGAAGGGUCCAGUGACGAGGAAGCCAUCACGUGGACAAAGGGUGAAGUCCUUGGAAGAGGUGCAUAUGGCACGGUAUACUGUGGCCUGACCAGCCAGGGUCAGCUGAUUGCCGUGAAGCAGGUCCUCCUGGACGCCAUGGACGCGGACACGGCCGAGAAGGAGUAUGGCUGCCUCCAGCGAGAGGUGGACCUCCUCAAGAGCCUCCGCCACGCCAACAUCGUCGGCUUCCUGGGCACCUCGCUGAGCGACAGCGUGGUGAGCAUCUUCAUGGAGUACGUGCCAGGAGGCUCCAUCGCCAGCGUCCUCCACCGCUUCGGCCCCCUGCCCGAGAGGGUGUUUGCCAUCUACACCCAGCAGAUCCUGGAAGGGGUGGCCUACCUGCACGGCAACAGGGUCAUCCACAGGGAUCUGAAAGGGAACAAUGUCAUGCUGAUGCCCACUGGCGUGGUCAAGCUCAUCGACUUUGGAUGUGCUCGCAAGCUCAGCUGCCUCAACCAGACAGGGAGCCAUGGCGACCUGCUGAAGUCUGCACACGGCACACCGUACUGGAUGGCGCCGGAGGUGAUCAACGAGACGGGCCACGGACGCAAGUCGGACAUCUGGAGUGUGGGGUGCACUGUGUUCGAGAUGGCCACCGGCAAACCCCCGCUGGCCAACAUGGACAAGAUGGCCGCUCUAUUCUACAUCGGGGCCCGGCAGGGACUGAUGCCCACUCUGCCUGACACUUUCUCCAAACACGCCAGGCAUUUCGUUCAAGCAUGUCUCAUCAGCGAUCAACAUCUGAGACCAUCUGCUGUGCAGCUGCUUGAACAUCCUUUUAUUCCACAUGGCCGAUGGUGUGCCUGAACAGGACCCCAUAUCUUCAAAGCAUAACUGGUUAGAACUUAGUUGGUUGCCUAUGGCAGUGUUUCCCAACCUUUUUCUCCUGUGUCCCCCUUAAGCCAUUUUGUCAUACGAGUGCCCCUCUCACUCAUUCUCUUCCUCUAUCCCAAUGUGACUAUACUCAAUGUUAUUACAUUUUUUUAAAACAUUUUCCCCCCACCCCAUGUACCCUUAUUUGGGAAAUACUGGCUUAUGGGAAAUUGGCAUUGCAACCAAGUAAAUUGCUUACUUAGCAACGAUGCUGAGGAGAAAGGCACCUAUUGACCUCACAGGGACUGCAUUAGUGGAUUUCAAAUCACAUUGUACAUCUUUUUUCAAAUUAUUAUUAAAAUGAAUGCACUAAAAUCAGUAAAUAAUUUAUUUUACAUAAUGAAUGUUUAUACCAGUGACUUCUCCUAAUGCUACUUCUAUGCAGUAGCCUUAUCUAAUGUGUUAAAAUUUGAUUGUUCAGGUUAACCUAAGGGAAAGUAACAC